GCGGCGGUGGUGGCCGCGGUUCUCCCCUUCCCUCUGGGCAGCCCCUUCCCCCUCCUGGGGGGGAUCGCCCAUCACGGGCGAGGGGCGGUGAGGGAGGGGAGGCUUGCCUGAAACCAGGUACAGGCCGCUCGGGGCGGCCCCGCUCUCCCCGGGCAGGGCCGUCCCCUUUUUCGGGCCUGUGCCGGGCACGACCGUGGGAGCGCCUCGGGGUGCUGGGCCGAAGCUUUUGUUCCUGCGGGGGAACUGCUGUGCUGUGAAGGUGACAGGUGACGGGAAAUAAUAACUACUAUGGAACCUUGGCAGCCUUGUAAGUUUGGAAGGCUUAAAUCCAAGUUUGAAAAGGCCUUUUCCAGUCCUGAUGAUUUGCUGGCUGAGGCACUUAAUUAGGAUGGCUUUUGAACAAAUUGGAUUGAACAUGGAAUCAGUGCUUUGGUCAAGCAAGCCUUAUGGUUCAUCUCGAAGUAUUGUAAGAAAAAUUGGUUCUAACCUCUCUCUUAUACAGUGUCCAAGAGUUCACUUUCAGCUUACUUCUCAUGUCACGGAAGGAAAUAGUCCUGCUCAGCUCAGAGAAGAUGCAGUGGCCUCCUUUGCUGAUGUGGGAUGGAUUGCUGAAGAAGAAGGUGAAGUCUCUACAAGGCUCAGGUCAGAAGUUCGGUCAAAAGCAGCCCAGCCUCUUGCAGGCGAAGCACAUCAUUUCAGGAAGUCCCCACACAGACAGACAUCCUUGCAAAGCCCAUCAGGAGAGGAACCAGUGCCCAGGAGUGCAGUGAUGGCAAAUGAAGAAGCCCUGCAGAAGAUCAGUGCCCUAGAAAAUGAACUGGCCUCUUUAAGAGCACAAAUAGCCAAAAUUGUAACCUUGCAAGAACAGCAGAACUUGGCAACAGUUGGGCAAAACCCACUUGCUUCAGCUGCUGUCCCCGUUCCACCACCACCGCCUCCUCCUCUGCCUCCACCCCCUCCCUCAGGUCUGGAUCAGAGAAAGUCUGCAAUUGAUCUCAUUAAAGAGAGGAAAAACAAAAAAAUGAACGCUGGCCAGAAUGUGGUGGAAAAUGGGCCGAAGAAGCCUGAAGUACCAAACAUGCUAGAAAUCCUAAAAGACAUGAACAGCGUGAAACUACGCUCGGUGAAAAGAUCCUCAGAAAGUAUAAAAUCUAAAGUGUCUCAGCCUGCAGAUCCUGCAACAUUAAUAGCAGAAGCUCUCAAAAAGAAAUUUGCGUAUCGAUACCGAAAUGAUAGCCAAGGUGAAACAGAAAAAGUGAUUCCAAAGGCUGAAACCAAGACACAGACUGAGGUAGUGCUGUUUGGACCACACAUGCUGAAGUCUACAGGAAAAAUGAAGACUUUAAUUGAAAAAUCUUAGUGUUAAAAUUAUUCUGCAAAAGACUGUUAAGCUGCUUUUUAUAAAAUAUUUUUAUGUUGCAAAUAGCACUAGUACUGAGAGGUUUCUUUUUUACAUCACAGAAAGACCUAAUGUGAAAUGUAGAAAUGAGGCACUAAACAUGUUUGUAUGUAUGUGAUCUAUUAAAGGGAAUAAAUUGGAUCAUUAUCCUCAGGUAUUAAUUUUGUAUUCAAGCUUGGCUUUCCACUCAGAUUUAUGUGAUGGGUUUAGUUUAUUAACACUAAGUUAUAUAUACAACAUAUACAACAUUUUCUGUGCAUAACUGACCAGCUUAAAAAUUUGUGUACAUGUUAUUAAUGAUAGUAAUAUACCCUUAAGUUAAUACCAGUUUUAUGUGAGGUCUACCUGUAAUUUGCACUACAGUGUAUAAUUUGAUACUGAAAUCUUCAUGUUGAAGUCUUUCUUUUAAAUUUAACUGUAGCAAACUUUUAGCCCAAAGAAAACCUGGAGGCACUUUGCUUCUUACUUAAACAAAGUGAAAACUUGAACCUGCUGCAGAGGUCACCUAAAUUUUACAUAGUAGUACAGUUUUGUGCAGGGAUAUUGUUUGUUUCACAUUAGCUUGCAAGGGUAAGAGAGUAAAACCUGCUUGCAUCAUCCUGUGGCCAUUAUAAAGGGUAAAAUCAUGCUGUGGGAGCCUCUGUAAAAAGGUAGAGUCGUGGGAAUUUGAAAUAGUCAGUAGAUAGCAGCAGAUUGAAAUAAUAAAGAGUACGUGUUAUUAGCAUGAAGUGCUGUAGAUGAGAAAACGAAGGCACGAAGUACUGUGGGGUGCAAGUUGCCAAAAGCAGCUCAUCUCUUCUGCUCUCAGAGAUGCUCAUGGACACCUUCUCCCCAGCCUGGCUCCCUGGGUCUGUUUCUGGCAGAUGGGGCUUGCACAAGCCCUUUGCAGGGAAGAGGUGGGAUAAGCUGUUGCCCAUAACCCAUAACCUCAUGUCUCCAGCCACAGGUGUAGAAAGGCUCAAGCUGAACGUACAAGUCGGGGUGAAAAAAUCUGUCAAGGUGCACUCUGAAACAAAGCCAUGGGUUCCUCAGACCAUGGAUGAGCAUUGAAAAAGCUGAGCCCUGGGUAUUUUUGGUGCUCUAAGCUGAUCCUGGCUACUGGGACAAGUACAAGUGCCUCUAGGAGCUUCUGUUUCCUAGGAAAACACACAAGCAGCACUUCUUUGAAUAAAGACAGCUGAAUGGCUCUGACAAGGUUACUGAAGAUAGGGAAGCUUUGCUGCUUAUAACUGGAAUGUUGGUUGUACAUGGAGGAGCUGUGAUUCCUAGUGUGGAACUUGAAAUGGUGUUAAUACACACACAAUGUAACCUCCUUCCAAAGUGCUCUGCCAUCAGUCCUACUGAUUGGUCAUUCAAUCCUUCUGUUUUUUUAAGUGCCUUUAAAACACCUUUGUGAAAGUUAACUUUGGUUUUAAGUUUUGUAUUUUAUGCUCUAUUGCCACUAUAUAAAAUUAAAAGCAGAUAAAAUAAACAUGGCAUAUCUGA